AUGCAACUGGAAAGUGAUCUCCGUUCUAUUACCAUGGGUGAUCUUUCGGUUCACGAUUACUUCACCAAAAUCAAGAAAAUCGCAAGUUUACUGGAGGGAAUGGGCGAGAAGGUUAAAGAAAAACACGUUGUCAUUCAUGCUAUUAACGGUCUAUCCCAUAAGUUUGAUAACAUAGCAGGUAUCAUACGCCAUAACAAGCCACCACCUACUUUUGAUGGAGCAUGGUCCAUUCUACUAAUUGAAGAACAAAAAAUCACCACAAACCAGGCUACAGAUCACGCUCAUGCUGAUGCAGAUCUUCUCUCCUAUCACCUCCUACCUCCCACCGACUCCAACGCCAAUCACCUCCUACCUCCCACCGACUCCAACGCCAAUCACCUCCUCUCAUCACCGAACACCUCAUCCUAUCGCCGGCCACCUCCUCCCAUCGUCGACUCGCACAACACCGUCGCCCCAUCAUCGACCUCGUACACCCAUACGUUUCACACAACUUCUUAUAUCACUCCCACCUCCAUGAAAUCGAGUCCCACCACCGAACUACGACCUCCGACACCCAGCUCCGACAUCGCCAGUUUCGCCCUCGAAAGCGCUGCCAUCGCCAACACCGGUCUCCGAUCUCCUUUAUUGGUCAGGUAUGAAGUUGCUAAAAUCACUCCUUAUUUGUGA